AUGUGCCUACUGAAUGCUGAGAUGCUAGCGGAAGUACUUUUAUUCUCAGGCCAUUUGUGCUACCAACCAAAGUUUCGGGAAGCCUCAGAUGACCCCUCUGUCCCUGAGUCAAAGAAGCUGUCAGACACGGAAGUCCUUGCACAGAGCAUUAUUUUUCUUGCUGCUGGAUAUGAAACGAGCAGUGGAACCCUGAGUCUGACGUGUUACCACAUCGCCACAAACCCUGACGUUCAAGACAAACUGCAGCAAGAAAUUGACAGUGUGUGGACUGAGGAGGAACAGGUGCCGACUUAUGAAACAGUAAAUGAGCUGCCAUACCUUGACAUGGUGAUAUCCGAGACACUCCGGCUCUACCCGCCAGGAUUCAUGAUAUCCCGCGGCUGUACUAAAGCAUGUGCCAUCAAAGACAUUAAGAUACCCAAAGAUUCCCCCAUUCUCAUUCCUGUUUACAGUAUACAAAGAGACCCCGCGGUUUUUCCAGACCCGGAGAAGUUUGACCCAGAGCGCUUUGCACCUUCAGCCAAACAGUCACGCAAUCCUUACAGUUUCUUGCCGUUUGGUCACGGACCACACAGCUGUAUAGGAAUGCGCUUUGCGAAAAUGCAGAUAAGGCUGGUGUUAGCACGAAUGUUAAGGAAAUAUCGCUUGGAAGUCGCACCGGAUACAAAGAUUCCUCCUGACGUAAAAGCCAAGGCGACUUUGGGGAGCCCGGAAAUAAAUCUUAGUAUUGUUUCAAGACCCAAGGAAACAUGACAGCGCAUGUAACUUCCUGGUAACGUUGUCAUGGAAGCGCUCUUGGGGUAAUUCUGUACUAACUGUGUGUAACCCUAUUUGAGUCGUUUCAGCGGACCAUGGGAAAAUGAAUUAUUGGUUUGAAUAAACGAAUAAAAAUGCUAUUUAGCAUGGUGUGAAGUAUUCUACAAUUAUCAUUCACAGCGGAAAAACGUAAUAAGCAUGCGCGAGUUUUGACUGUGCGCCAGGCUCCAAGAUUGAAAAAAUGGCGGGAAUUUCGUGGAUUGUAAAAACUGAAAAGGUCACGAACUUUGUAUGUUUUCCCAAUAUUCCCGGUUAGCAGCAACAUUUUAACGUCACUAAUGGAAAGCUGGUGCCUUGUUUUCUUGGGGAAUCAAUUUUUUUAGGACAAUAAACCUAAAGACGUUUUCGAACCCUUUAUUUCCCCGGG